AUGGCCACCCUACGCGACGCGCAGGAGCGGGCCCGGGGCUGUGUUACGAUGUGCACAGCAGCAGUGGCAGUCGUUGUGUUCGACCUGAGUGUGCAUAGCAGUACGAUGCUGAAGGUCGCGCUCGUGCCGUGGCGGACUAUUACGUCCGAGUCAGUUGAGUCAAUGAGGAGCGUGCAAGAUCGUACGAACGAUCGCACGUUCCCAGAUAUCCUGAGUACCCAGUUGUCGACGACCGACAUAUCUGCGUCCCACCGCCUUGAUGUCCCGCUUAUGCGUGCAGCGCUCGAAGUUCUCCUGCGAUUUGUGUGCGGUAGAGGGAUCGUCUUCCAAAUGGGGAUGCCGCACGCUGCAGCGGCGUGCGAGUUGAAGUGUGAAGAUCGAGAUGAUAGGAGCGAAAGUGGACGAACGCGACGGGGCACACCGUGUGUUCUGGCGUGGUACGGUUUUGCAGGUGUAGGUCGCAAGAGUGAGAUGUAUAGACGCCGCCGUGAGCUUGUCAUCUCAGAUCCAGAGCGCUUGCUUCGGUGGGCGCUUGAGCCUCGAGGAGACAACUUGGCCAUGCAUAGCUCAGAGCCUGCAUGGAGGCGAAGUGCGCGGCGGCCUCGCAUUCAAUCUCGGGAUGGCCUGGGCACGGUUUCGCUGAAGUCGCCCGAUGAGCAUGCACCAUCAAUGAAUCGGGCAUCCCAAAUCGGGACAGGCACGCCUUGCCUACUAUGGGCAAUUGGUACCACGCUUGUAGCGACAAUACGACCCAUAUGGUCUCGACGCGACUGCCCCCGACUCCUACGCGAGCACUCAACCUGCCUACGUACCUUCCAAGUCUCUCUCCCAUCGAUGGCGCCGAACUCAACAAGCCGUGAGCUCUGUGUACCGAUGGCGACGAACGAUACAUCAACAAGCCGUGAGCUCCGACAAGGACGUCUAGAGGCUUUAAAUCGCUCAUGGCAGGCCCCUUGUGAAGGUGUACCACGAGCACAGCUCAGUGAGCGCGUCAUCGCAACGGAGGACCGCCUACAAGAGAAGGAGGCUGAAUGCCGCUAUCUCUUCCAUAUGGUCAUCCACAUCAGCGAGCAAAGCCGCAAGCUGGGGCUUACCGGGGCGUUGGAGUAA